GAAGAUUCAAAUAUGAACCAAUCUGAACAUACUUUAAGCACAACAGUUAAGACAAAUAUACAAAUGGAAGAGGAUGGCUUAGGCUUAAUACUCAUCCAAAAUGGACCCUACAUCCAGAUUGCAAGUUUAGUAGAGAAAAGCACAGCAGAAAGAGAUGGAAAACUGCAGUCAGGGGAUACACUUCUGAAGAUUGGACAUGCAAAUGUUUUAGGAUGGACACUGCGAGAACUCAGGCAACUUUUGCACACCACUCCCAUUGGGACCGUUCUGCAGAUCCAGGUUUACAGAGAUUUUAUGAAGCUGCCCAAGAGAUGGGAAGCUGCUAUCGACAACAUUCCUGAAAGAAGGGGACCUGCGAUAGAAGAUGGUGGCAACAAAGAGGACAAAGUGGCUGGCGGGACCCAAACAGUCUGCUUCGACGAGGACGGCAUCUGCACUCGAACUGGAGUCACAGGGGCUCCUGUCAGCAGCAGAAGUGUGCUCUCAGAGACUUUUCCUAAUGUGAGGGCUGUACAGUCAGUUUCUUUUGAACCAUCUAACCAACCAAAAUGGAUCUCUAAAGACUGGCACAUUGUUGAGAGGAAAACCUAUACAUUUACUGUGGGUUCAGACAUUGGUUGUGACAUCAUGAUCCAUUCAGAUUCUAAAGAGGAAAGUGAUAUGGAGACUUCAAGUUCAUAUUUAAUCUCUUCCUCACCAUACUGGAUUAUGAAACAACAUCCCACUGAUGCGUCAUCAAUGUCUUCAUCUUCUGUUUCUGAUGCAUUUUGGCUUGAUAAGUUUGCUUAUGAAUAUAAAUAA